AAAGCCGGGCUCCGGAGACGCCAGUACCAAGCGUGCUGGUGCAGCGUGGAGAUGGCGUUUCGCGGCCGGAGACCGGAGCACGGCGGACCCCCGGAGCUGUUUUACGACAAGAAUGAAGCCCGGAAAUACAUGCGCAACCCACGGAUGAUUGAUGUGCAGACCAGGAUGGCCGGGCGAGCACUGGAACUCCUUUGCCUGCCUGAGGGUCAACCGUGUUACCUGUUGGAUAUUGGCUGUGGUUCUGGGCUGAGUGGAGGUUAUCUCUCUGAUGAGGGGCACUAUUGGGUGGGCAUCGACAUCAGCCCUGCCAUGCUAGAUGCGGCCUUGGACCGAGAAACGGAGGGAGACCUGCUUCUAGGGGACAUGGGCCAGGGCAUCCCCUUCAAACCGGGCACCUUUGAUGGUUGUAUCAGCAUUUCUGCUGUGCAGUGGCUCUGUAAUGCUAACAAGAAAUCUGACAUCCCUGUCAAGCGCCUGUACUGCUUUUUUUCUUCUCUUUAUUCUGUUCUCGUCCGUGGAGCCCGAGCUGUCCUGCAGCUGUACCCCGAGAACUCUGAGCAGCUGGAGCUGAUCACAGCCCAGGCCACAAGGGCAGGCUUCACUGGUGGCGUCGUGGUGGACUACCCAAACAGUGCCAAAGCAAAGAAGUUCUACCUCUGCUUACUUUCUGGGCCUUCGACCUUUCUGCCAAAGGGGCUGAGUGACAACCCGGAUGGAGAGGAGGCCAUGGAGUCCUCAUUCACCAAUGAGAGGGUCCGGCUCAGGCUGGCGAGGCAGGCGAUGAUAAGGAAGAACCGAAAGUGGGUGCUGGAGAAGAAGGAGCGGUGCCGGCGGCAGGGCAAGGAAGUCAGACCUGACACCCAGUACACCGGCCGCAAACGCAAGCCACGCUUCUAAGCAGUGGCCGCGUCCCAGUGGGACGGCUGUGGGGCCACGUGGUCAUGUGCUGUGUGGUCCAGCCUGGCACUUGCCUCUGGAAAGUUUUCAAUAUUGGAACGCUUCCUUCAUCAGCUGACAAAGUAUGUUAGAAAAGUUUCAAAAUUCUGCAAGUAUUUUCUUCACUAAAAAAAGUUCUCUGAGGCCGGGUGCUGUAUCACGUCUGUAAUCCUAGAACUCUGGGAGGCCGAGGCGGGCGG